UGGAAAGCGUCAUGAAGAACCCCCAAUUUAAAACACUAAAGCCCUAUUGUUCACAUUGUUUAGCCUUGCCUUUCACUGACAGCCUGUUACUCUUGUCGGGUAUUUUCUUGCACGACAAUGGUGGUUUUUCUUCCAUUGUGUGUUUGCCCAUGGGAGGCCACAGAAUGACUGAAGCUCUGGGCAACAUUUGCAUUUGUCACGCAGAGACACUGGCUGCCAUUCUUGUGCCAGGAACAAGCGUGGGUGUCUGUGUUGGAGUUGCACUGAUAGGCUUAUCUAUGGGUGCGACCCUGAAGGCGUCUGACUGUUGAUUGAUUGAUUGAGUUCAGGGUCUCGUGAAAUGGCCUGCUAUGUGAUCACUGUUGGCUGACUUUUGACUCCCUUCAGCUUCAUUAUUGCAAAUGGAGCUCACCAUUGAAGCCCUGCUGGGGAAAUAAAGAGUGUCAUGGACAGAACAACAAAAAUAACUACUACCAGACACCCAACCAUAAUUAGCAUGUAUGAAAGGGAAAAUAUUAAAUGCCCAACCGAUUACAUGAAUGUAAUCUUGGUGGACUAAAAUGAACUAAAACUGCAUAACUGCUGUACAGUCCCUUGGAAUUGGAAUAUAAAUAAAGCCAGUAUAGUCAUCGAUUCUCUUUUUAGGGAUUUUACUUUUGACAGGCGGUCAUUAACUUUGUUUAUGCUCCGACAAUGGAUGUGUCCUUGCUCCCCGCUCCAGUGACUGAAUAUACCAAUCAGAGGACUUUGGCAUGCUUAGCUGUCAGAUCUGCCAAUUCUCCCUCGACGAGCCUCACUUGCAGGCCAGGUGUUAGGAAGGACCGAGCUUUAUCCGGGGAGGUGGUGUCCAGAGCAGAGGAAGUUAUAGAACGAGGCAAACAAUCUUUAUUCAAUGGCUCAAUCAGGCGGACCGGAUCAAUCGAUGGCCAGGAUCUCAGGGCAGGAUCCAUGUUUGAAUGUCAAGCACGGACAGCAAGUGUCAAAGGUUGGAAUGAAAAUAAGGAAGUAUCAGGCAGCACAGUCUAUUCCAGUCUGACUCACAAUGACAAAAUAGACAAGAAAACCACAGGCUUUGGCAUCGACAGAAGUCGUAACUAUAGCCCUGCAUUUGAGAGUUGGUCUGGGAGAGAAUGGAGGCGUAACUUGCCGAACAGAAGCAGGAGUGUUGACUGGAGGUCAGGGGCAAGCAGUCCUGACCGGAACACAGGGCGAUCCAACAUAGGUGCAUUGUUAUACGAAGAAAAGAAAGAGAGGGUUAGGGAUACUGAAGACCCGAAAGGCAGGUCAGUGUCUUCAUUUAGGACCUACAACUCUGCAGGAGAUUCUCCAGGCAGCAGCAGUCCAAAAAGUCCUUUGGACCAAACUCUGGAAACAGUCUGUAGAGGUAACUCCUGCCCUUUAAGGCUAAGGUCGCCCCCGGAACCAAUCAGUGACUCCAGAGAGACUGCUUCUUUUGGGACUAAAAGAGGCCAGGGUAUAUUGGAACGUAUAGAGAAGCUGUAUGGGCUAUCCAAAACUGAGGACUUCAGCAAAACUAGGGAUUUCUCUUCCAUUGAAAGAGACUGCUUUGAUGGAAGGGGUGAAGUUACAGUGAACCAUUUUGGGGAAACAGGAGGAACCUUCCCCAGGUGUUGCUCAGCUGGCGAAGGAAGUUGUCAAAGUGUAGUGGACAGAAAUGGAUCAUUCACUAGGACAUGUGUAGACACAAAGACUGUAGGCUCUAAUACUUCACCCUGUCCAAGGAGAAGAGCGAGAUUACCAGAGGGACAAUGGGAAGAACAGAUCUAUGGGAAGUAUUCUGACCAAGGUGGCGUAAACGCAGGUUUAGGAUCCAUUGAGACAAUGUCUCUUGACCGAGCAAGGAGUAGAAACACAAGAGCUAGUCAGAUUAGAUUGGCCCGGGCUGCCCAGUCAAGCACUUUAUCAGAGAAAGCAUAUUGCUUUGGACUGUCUGAGACUAAUCGGAUAAAUGGGAUACAGAAAGAAAGACUAAAGCUCAAUAAUGGAAAGGUGACGGGAGAAAUUGAAUCAAAGGUUUAUGAAGACAUCUGGGAGACUAAUCUGAGCAUCAAAGUGAAUUCUGCAGGAUGGAGGACACAGCCAGAGACUCAUUCCACAUCAGUCAGUGUGAGAAACAAGAUCAAUCAGUUUGAGGCUCUGACACAGAGCUCACAGGGUUUUGGAAGGAGCCAGAACAUGCUGCCCCGGCGGGCCCUUUCUGUGCCCACAAGACUCAACAUCGCCCAUGAUGGCUUGAAGAGUGAGUUGGAAAAAGCAAGUGGUGUUCUAGGUGACAAGUAUAUGGGGCUGAAAGAGUUAGGGGAGACACGAACGAAAACUGAGGAGAAAGUAAAUCGCCUGAAAAGUCCAUCACAAAGGUCUUUGUCAGUGGAUGAGAUUGGGCAAAGGUUUAAGGGUGAUUUGACAAGAAAGGAAGGGACAAAUAUGGACCGCCUUUACAAACUCACACAUCCAGUAGAAUCACCCCUCAAAGAAGUUGCGCUACAUCAUAGAAACUUGUAUGUAGAUGAACCAGACUAUUACAAAAUCUCAAGAGAUAAAAUCUGGAGAAGCGACAAUACAGAGUCCACCAUGUUCUUCAGCUCAAGUGACCCUGAAUCAUGUCCAUACGGGGAGCUAUCUGGUAUACAGAAAGCAAAACCUUCUGUGAUUAUUUUAGCAGUUACCGAUGAUGAAACCACUCCAACAAACACUCCAAAGCACUCACCCCUUAGCUCUCCAGUUACCCUGCUAAAAAGUACCACUCCACUUAUACUGACUGAAAACAGCCAAACAGUCAAAACUCUUGAACAAGACCUUCCAACUCCUGUGCGCCCUCUCGCUGUCACUUCCCACAACAAGGUCUUUACAGAUAUCACUGACAGUGACUCAAAAGGGAAGAAACACGUGUUAGAUUUGGAUGCUUGGGUCGCUGGCUGGAAAACCUGGAGGCAAGAUGAAGCAUUCGAGGAUGAUGAUGACAGUACACAGAAAGAUGACGAUUCAUACUACGAUUCAGAUUCUGGCGAGUCCUCAGUAACCAUCACCAGUAACAUGAGCCAGUCCGAUCGCAGGAGCUUCUCUCUCAGCCUGGCAGAAUUGUGUCACUUCACCGGAGCUGACUCAGAGUCAGAGAAUGACACCGACGAGACCCCAGCGAUGGGUAGGAGGUCAGCUUCACUUAGCUCUGAAGUGUCGGCACUGUCAUAUGUGUCGGUGCUGCCCAGCGAGGAACUUGACAAACUGCUGGACGAUGUCAGAAGUCUGGGGGACAGCAAUCUGCAGGAUGAUGUGCAUGUGGUUGUCCUUCACAAAGAGAUCGCUGUCGGCCUGGGCUUCAGUAUAGCAGGAGGCGUUGACCAGAACAAACCAGUCAUUGUUCACAAGGUGUUCCCCACCGGUGUAGCAGCGCAAGAAGGCUCUAUCAGAGAAGGCGACCAGGUCCUGUCCAUCAACGGCACUGCGCUGGGGGGCCACACACACUGGGAGGCUCUGAGGGUCCUGAGAAGGGCCAAAACUAGAGAGAUGGGAGUGGUGGUGCUGAGGAGGGGUGAUAUUGGCAGCACCUCGAAGGGGCGAGAGGGUCAGACUGAGGAACCGAUGCCGACUCAGACUUCAGAAACUGGUCAGUGUAUGCGUGUGCUUCUGGAGAAGAAAAGCAGAGAUCUGGGCUUUAGCCUCGAGGGAGGUGUCGGUCUGGGAGACAAACCACUCACUGUACAGAAGAUCUUCCAAGGGGGGCCAGUGGACAAGAUUAGUCCUGGUGACGAGGUGAUGGAGAUUGAAGGCAUGAGCAUGGUGGGGAUGAGACGCUUGGAGGCCUGGACGUUGAUCCGAAGGCUUCCUUCUGGACCAGUGGAUGUGGUAAUACGUCGGCCCCAUAAAACCUCGGAGCCAUAAGGAUUAUGGGAGCAAAUCUAAACCUGUACUGCGCAAGAAAAAUGCCAUUUAUAACCCAAUUUUAUACCACAAUUAUCCUCAUAUUUUAUAACAAAGCCUUCCCAGAAGACUUGUUCAUGAAGGUGUGAGAUUUAUAUUUUACGGUGUUUAACACAUGCAUCUACCUCAAGGCUACGUGGCACCUGUAUGUGAACCAUUGUGUAAUAUACUGUGAACAGAUGCUAACAGCAUUUAGAGUGUAUCUUACUUUUUAAUAAAGCCUAACUUUAAUAAACUCGA